GACAGCUGCCCAAGCCCUUUCCAGAGAGCAAGAGUUAUCCACGUAGAAUAAAGUUAUAAAAUGACCUCAAGUAUUGUUUUUAAUAAAUCUAAAACUAAGAUCUUUAAAUUUCUUGGCUUCAACGUCUUUGAGUUAUUGACAUUCUGAUUACCCUCACUUCCAAGGCCUGACUAUCAACCACUAUGACGUUAGCUCGUCACAUUGACCCAGAGGAGCUUGUAGAGCGUCUGCACGAUGCUCACCUUACCGAAAAUGGCCGGCAGCUUCGACAGAAGAUGACCACCUCGCAUAUCACGCCUUACGGAACCAAGUACGCGAGUGAGACAGAUGUGCCAAAGUAUCGAAUUCCCAAAGAGGGUGCGCCCGCAGAUACGGUGUACCAGUUGAUACACGAUGAGCUCGACCUUGACGGCAGACCAAACUUGAAUCUUGCCAGCUUCGUUGGGACUUAUAUGGAGCCGAAAGCGAACCAACUGAUGACGGAAAACCUGUCAAAGAAUCUAGCAGAUAACGACGAGUACCCGGCUAUGAUGUCCCUACAUGAACGCUGCGUCAGCAUCCUCGCUCAUCUUUGGGGAGCCAAAAAGAGCGAGAAGGCCGUCGGGACCGCCACCACCGGCUCUUCGGAGGCCAUUCACUUAGGUGGUUUAGCGAUGAAGCGUCGUUGGCAGGAGCAUCGCAAGGCCAAAGGCUUGGAUGCUUCAAAACCGAACAUCCUUAUGGGCGCCAAUGCACAGGUCGCACUUGAGAAAUUUGCGCGCUACUUCGACGUCGAGGCGCGUAUUCUCCCUGUCUCUAAGGAGAGCAAGUAUCGCCUAGACCCGGGGCUCGUGCGGAAGAACGUGGACGAAAACACGAUUGGAGUGUUUGUCAUCAUGGGCAGCACCUAUACUGGUCAUUACGAGCCGGUAGAGGAGAUUUCCAAGAUCCUUGAUGAGUAUCAGGAGGAGACGGGUAUUGAUAUCCCGAUUCAUGUCGACGCUGCCUCGGGUGGUUUCGUUGCGCCGUUUACUCAUGCACAAGCUGGUGGGCCGAAAUGGAACUUCGAGCUCCCGCGUGUGAAAUCUAUCAACGUCUCGGGUCACAAGUACGGUCUCGUCUACGCGGGUGUGGGCUGGAUCGUCUGGCGGGACGAGACAUAUCUGCCGCAACACCUCAUCUUUGAGCUACACUACCUGGGCGGUACCGAAAAGUCCUUCACGCUCAACUUCUCACGGCCGGGAGCCCAGGUAGUGGCGCAGUACUAUAACCUCAUUCACCUCGGCUUUAACGGUUACCGCGAGAUUAUGGAGAACUGCCUCCGGAACGCACGACUCUUAUCCAAGAGUCUUGAAGCUACGAAAUGGUACACCUGCGUCUCGGAUAUCCACCGCACUACCUCUACGGCUGGAAGUAUGGUUUCAGCCACCAAACAUGCCGUAGGAGGCGAAGGGGUUGAGAACUCGGCUAAUUACGUAGCGGGCCUGCCCGUCGUCUCAUUCCGGCUUGCAGACGAGUUUAAGGCAGAGUUCCCGCACAUCAAGCAAGAGUCAGUCUCGCUCCUCAUGCGCGCUCGGCAAUGGAUCAUACCUAACUACGCGCUGCCGCCUACCGAGGACAAGACUGAGAUCCUGAGGGUUGUCGUACGCGAGUCUAUGAGCUUAGACUUACUUGACCGGCUUAUCACCGACUUAGUUUCUGUGACGCAGAAUCUUAUUGACAAUGAUGAGGUGGACCUGUCGAUUUUACACAAGCAGAAACCAGCGGCGGAUAGCAGACCCCGCGGGGAUGCAAAGGGGAUCGAGGGGAAGGCGGCAAGAUUGGCGGAUGGGAUUCAUAGAAGUGUGUGCUAAAUGACUAGCAUGUGUUCUCCGAGAAAGAAUUUGACGCGGAUGAUCAUUGGGUGGUCUAGAGAACCUAGUAAUAGACUAGCAAGUAGCGUAUGACUUUAGGACUGAAAAAGGGAGCCAGUAUAACCAGAUAUUCCGAUAUAUUCGAUCGGCUGGAAAAUAUUAUAAAAUGACAAUUGCCAAGCUGGGAC